GGAUUUCAUUGUGUGUGGUUAAGUGGGUAGACGGAGUGUGGGAGCACUCAAUAUUACCAAGUGUUACCUUGCCUGGGAUGGCGUUGCGUUGCGGUAUGCUUCGACCUCACACUUUUUUAUUUUUUAUUUUUUAUUUAAGCAAUGUGGCAUAAGUAGUAUAUGUCCCUGUAACUUGUCUUUCAAGCUACCUGUAGUGUAAUGUUCCCUAUACAGUACCUCGCUUUACCUUAUCUUCUCCUUUCUUUCCCCGUCUCCAUUCUUCAUUCUCCAUUCUCCAUUUCCCAUCUUUGCACUCCCCCACCCACCCAUUUCCUGCACCUUGUCAGAUUUGCAUCACAGUUCGCGGAGUGUGGUAUACUACUGUCGUAUAUUCACAUCCUUUGUGAUAGGCAUUUUAUCUAUUCCUUGCGCUGGAAGGUACUAAAAAUAUAAAAAUAAAUAAAUACUACUGAAGAAAACUAGCGCGGAGGUUUUCUUGUAACAGUUCCAAGUACUAGCCCAAAACGAGUGCUCUGUUGAACAAUAUAUACACCCGCCGCCUAAUAACACUACUAUAGCUACGACAGCAUUGCCGUCCCUUCCUGGCUGGGUAAGUAGGAGGUAUAAGAUAGUUCAUUUUUCUACGCGCAGUUAGUUAUAUACCCGUAUAUAUAUAUAUAUGUGUGUGUGUACGUAGCAUAGGCACCCAUAUGUUUU